UCCCUCGGACACAACGGAUCACCGAUCAACGAAAAGAGCCGAAGAUGUCAGCUCAGUCAUGUGAUCAGCUGUGGCACUGAUGAUCAGUGUGCCCUGAUGAUCAGUAUAGCCCCAGAAGUGCCACCUGCCAGUGCCCAUCAAUGCCACCUGCCAGUGCCCAUCAAUGCCACAUAUCAGUGCCUACCAGUGCACAGCAAUGCCACAUAUCAGUGCCCAUCUGAGCUGCCUUUCAGUGUCACCUAUCAGUGCCACCUAUCAAUGCCAGUCAGUGCCACCUAUCAGUGCUGCCAGUCAGUGCCGCAUAUCAGUGUGCAUCAGUGCCAUCUAACAAUGACCAUCAGUGCCACCUAACAGUGCCGCCAAUCAGUG